CAGACGUUAAAUAUAGACUUUCAGAAUUAAACAAUUAGUAUAUAUUAUGGGAUUAUUAAGUAUAUCUAGAGUGCAUCUGAAAAACCAGUGUGAUCAAACACAGAUAGUAUACCUAAGCAAAGAUUUGACUUUUGAAAACAGAAGAGUAAAUGCAGCUUGAUGUCCCAGUUGACUUCUUUAACUUCGGUUCUUCUUCUUUUCGGGGGAUAGCCCCUUUCAUCACCUUAUUAAUUAAUUCUAAUUUCAGUCAACUCUAUUCAAACUUACUCUCACCCGGUUACCAUUAAUUUCUAGCUCUACUCUCUAAGUCUCUAUAUAUAAUAUAGAGAUGGCCCCCCAUUUGCCUUAGAUAAUUUUCGAUCAAGUUUAGAUCGAAAAAUACAACUUCGUUUAUGCCGUAUAUCUACGGGAAGAGUGAGAUCGAAGAGAGGAAUCCAUAUCUGAUCAUGGGAAGGCCACCUUGUUGUGAUAAAAUAGGAGUGAAGAAGGGGCCAUGGACUCCAGAAGAAGAUAUCACUUUGGUGUCAUACAUCCAAAAACAUGGCCCUGGCAACUGGAGACAUGUCCCUACUAAUACUGGGUUGCUUAGGUGCAGCAAAAGUUGCAGGCUCAGAUGGACGAACUAUCUCCGUCCCGGGAUCAAGCGGGGCAACUUUACCGAGCAAGAAGAGAAGAUGAUUUUUCAUCUCCAAGCUCUCCUUGGCAAUCGGUACGUAGGUGUAUGUUGUUUUAAGUUAUCUCAACGGAUUAAUCAUAGAUGAAUGCAUCACAUCACAUCAUGCGUCUAAGACUUUGAGUUACUUCUCCUUAAUUAGGCUGGCCGUUAGAUCAAACAGUUUUGCGGUCAUCAAAUGAUAUAAUCUAAAAAAACUUCCCAGCUUUUGCGUAUGAAUGAGUAGGGUCAAAUAUCUAUAUUGAAUAUAUUUUGUUGUUUUGUGGGUGGUGGUAGGUGGGCAGCCAUAGCUUCUUAUCUUCCCCAAAGGACCGACAACGAUAUAAAGAAUUACUGGAAUACCCAUUUGAAGAAGAAGUACAAAACGACGCCGCCGCCGCUUCUAGGGUACGCCGACGAUGAGAAUAUUGAAUCUAAUUCCUCAUCAUCAAGCUCAAAAGGCCAGUGGGAGAGGAGGCUCCAAGCGGAUAUCGAAUUGGCCAAACGAGCCCUACGCGAGGCCCUCUCCAUCGACGCAUCGACCUCCGGCAGCAGCCAGCCACCGCCCCCUCGUCAAGCGGCGAUUGAUAUUCCGGCGACCGACUUCCGGCGUCCAUCGAUUCAAUCGCCCGCAUCUUACGCAACUAGCGAAGAAAACAUAUCGAAAUUACUCCGCAACUGGACCAGGAAUCCCUCCCCCACAACGGCGGCGUCCAGAUUUGAGUUUGCGAUGCCGCAGCAGAGCUCAUCGUUAUCCUUCCCUCCGGCGGCCGGCUGCGACUGCUCGAGCUCGAGCCUGAGUAGCGAAGAAGGCACUACUGCCGCAACCGCUUUAUUGAGUACUACUCCAGCCAAUUUCGCUCAAUCGGUUGCAAACUUGGACAGUUUGAACAGUAACAAUGGAGUUAUCGCCUCCUUCCCGGCGGAUAACGGGAAGAAAAACUCAUCUAUUAACAGUCUGGGGACACAAAUGCCCCUGGCAAUCCUGGAGAAAUGGCUGCUUGAUGAUGCUUAUUAUAGUGUCCAACCAGAAGGUAAUAAUCACAAUCAUGGUGAGGAAUUGUUGAUGGAGGCAAUAGGAAUGGGAACCAGUACUGAUCCUGCUCCUGGUUUCUUCUAAAAUCUGUCUCUGUUUCUCAGGUGGAAGUUUUGGGUUUGAUAGCCCUUCAUUCCUUCCCUUUUGUUCCCCUUCUUGGCAUGGGUGAGGAAUGUUUGUCAAUGCUAGGGUUAAAUUUAUUACUAGUAUGUAGCUUGACUGCUUGAGCAGUUAAUGUUAAGUACUUUAACUAUUUAAGUUAGGAAGUGUAUAAAUAUAAAUAAUAAAACUUAUGGUCCCAGUGGCGGAUACAGAAAAGUUUGUUAUUGGGGGCACUCCAAUAUGACAUAAAGUAAGAGGUAGAGUUUAUCCAAAAGCCCGUUUGAAGACCAUAUUUUUUUCCCGGCUUAUCAACCUUAUCU